AUGCCUCCUAACCCUGAAGACUAUUCAACAAUCGACCACUGGAUUGCACCGGCAAGAAAUUUUAGAACUUCGGCUCGUUUGCGCUUGCAGCAUUAUCUGUUUCAAGGCACCAUUGGACCCCUGUUAGAGAAGGGCGUGGAGAGCCAGAUUUCCAAUUCUCAAAAGCUACGAGUCGCCGAUCUUGCUUGCGGCAAUGGCGUCUGGCUCACUGAACUGCACUCUCACCUUGAAAGGGCAGGUAUCACAGCACAGUUGGAAGGAUUUGAUGUCAACCCGGUUUUAUUCCCCAAUCCAACCAUCUUGCCUAAAUCCGUGUCGUUCAAAAAACUGGAUAUCCUUGCGAGCCCACUCCCCGAGGACUUGAUUGGCGUCUUUGACAUUGUUCAUAUUCGAGCAUUUGUGAGCAUCAUCAAGAAUUCCGAGGUCGGGCCUGUGCUGUCAAACGCCCUGAGCCUCUUGAAACCCGGCGGGUUCCUCCAGUGGGAGGAGUGCCGAGCGGACCGCAUGUUGGUGCAGGCUCCUUCCGAGGGGAUAUCUACAGAGGCCUGCGACACCAUUGUCAAGACAAUCAGAACGUUGGGAGAGGCAGUCGGACACAAGAAUGAUUGGGUGGAUGUCCUCGGCCGACACCUUGAGGAGCAUGGGUUUGAAGAUGUACGGGAACAUUCAACCAUAAGCAGGAAGCAGGACCUGAUGGGCUUCACUGAAGAUUACCUGAUGAUGUGGGCGGAACUCGCGAUAUACUUUCCGCCCCAGGCAAAGGAGCCACAGGCGCCAUUGACUCGAGAGACCUGGACUGAUCUGUUUGAAAAGGCUGUCAGGGAGACGGAGCAGGGGGUUGUGGUCCACCAGGGCAAACUCGUGGUUGCAGUAGGCCGUAAGCCUCUGUAG